AUGACUGCAAUGGCAUCGCCGGCCUUACUGCCGCCUUUUAAAGUUAAGGCCCGAUAUGGGUGGUCGGGUCAAUCUAAACGUGAUCUGGGGUUCCUAGAGGGGGAUAUAAUGGAAGUUACAAGAGUAUCUGGUGAAUGGUACUAUGGUAAGCUGCUCAGAAACAGAAAGUGUGCAGGAUACUUCCCAAAUAACUUUGUAAUAGUUCUCGAGGAAAAAAUUAAUGAACACCUCAGAGGUGAGAAAUCACACACUCCAUCAAGUGGAUUCCAUAAGCAGGACUCGGAAAAAAUGGGUUCUAUACCAGAAAUUCCAUCUCGGAUGCAGACUGGGUUCAAAAAUUCAUCUGAAAUUUCAAAUACAUAUGCGGGGAACUACAGUUCUCGACAGAAUAGCUCUCCCCAUUUCCUUGAGAAACACCCGAGAAAGGGAAAUCUUAAAAUUGAUACCAAUCUGCAACGACUCGGUGAACCAUCGUAUUCUAGUUCAGCCCCGGAUUUAUACGGAAUUCAAAAUUCGAGCUCAAGGUCCGCUGGAAGAAGAACGACACAUGGAAGGGUAAGCCCACUGAAAACUAAAUUCAAGGAGGAGUUACAGACAAGUACUUUACCACCUUUACCGCCUUUACCGGAUGUCUCCAAACAUGCAAGAUCAAAUAGACAUCGCCAGCCUGUAAAAUCGCAUUCUUCGAAUGACAUUCCAUUGUACAGCUCAAGGGAACCAACAAAUGUUGGUAAUUUGCCCUUGCAAAAAAGGUUUUCGUUUGAUUCCGAUACUGAUUCAAACUUUAACUCAAACUCCUCUGGUGUCUUUUCAAACUCCAAAUACCUCGACUCAUCCUUAACGGACAGCGAAAAUAGUUUUGCGUUGAUGAGUGAUUUUAGUGCGACAAGCGCAGGUAGUUUUGCGAGGCAUAAGCACGCGGCGCAAUCAUUUACGGACUCCUUACAAAGGUCAAACCCGCCUCCACAGAGCGCCGAAAAGGAAAGCAAUGAAGGAAACAAGUUUUCUGGUCUUUUCCGUAAAUUCAUGCAGUCAAAGCCUGCCGCUUCUUCUCCGACCUCGGCAAGAGGGGAUUUACCCAAAUUACCAACCAUUCAAAAUCUAAAUGUGUCUGAAAACACUGAGGCCAGAGAUUGGGUUACAGUGAAAUCGCAAUUGAAUAGGUCAAGAACCCUAACCAAAUAUGAGAAGCAUCCGCGUUACAUGCGUGCAUUAGAUAACAACAGGGAUUUGGUACUCCAUCCUCAAGACGGAAUAUAUAAUGGUCUCAACACUAACGAGGUCAGGCAUGGUGGGCAAGAAGGUGUUGUAAACGUGUUAUUAACCCAAUUGAAUUGCGAUUAUAUCGAUGCAAUGACGAGGAAAAGAUGUAUCAAAAACGGUAAACUGAAUUUGGCUUCAUGGGCGCAGAUGACAUUUUCUGCUCGUUACCAGACAGACUUAGAUGUGUUGAGAGGUCUUUACAUUUUUUGUUGUGAGAUGUUUGAACUGAUUGACGAUAAUAACACUACUGAUUUCAGCUGCGAACCCAGAGACUUGGACAGAAUAUUGUACAGUAGAUACUGUACUCCAUAUCAACUUACAUGGCUGUUCAAAAAGCUAGCAAGCAGUUUGAACAUAACAUGUGAAAUUGUUAUUGGGUUCCUUAAAAUUCCAGAUGCUAAUAACUCUGAGUUUAAAUACAAUCAUUGCUGGUUGAGAACUUUGGUCAACGGGGAAUGGAGGUUUAUUGAUGUCAUCCUCGGAAAUAGAACAAAUCCGAUUCACGAAUUCAUAACUAGUAAAAAGGCGAAGAAAGCGGAUGAUAGCUAUUUUUUGGUAGAACCACUGGAAUUCAUUUACACACAUGUUCCGCCAAGGGAGUUUGAACAGCAUAUUAUUCCCAGUCUUGACCAACUCUCAGUUCUGUACCUCCCAUUGGUUUUCCCAUCGUUUUUCAAAAACGAAUUACGCUUGUGCAAUUACAGUACGGCUUUGUCAUUCUUAGAAGAUACUGAGAUUUUUGAAUGUUCUCUAGAAAUACCAAACGAUAUAGAAGUGUUCACAUCAGUCGUUGUCAGUGGUAUCGACGAAUCCAAACAGAACGUAUAUCAGCAAAUGGAACUGAGUUUAUGUCAAAUAAAGAAACACCGGAGUAACUCAGGAAGAAGAAUCGCCCUAAUUAAAGCAGUCUUACCACCAGGUGUUCACAAAGGUACACUAUACAUACACUCUGGCGUAAGAGGCACUCAACCAAACAGGGCAAACAUCCAUCCAUUAUCCAUGAUUGUUCCUCUGGAGCAUGAAGGUUCGGAUAUGAAAUACGAAUUUGUGAUAAGAUCACCUUCAGAACAAGUACAGAGAGUGGAAAUGUACAUCAAGGAACCGCAGAAUAGGUAUUUGUAUGCUGAUAAUGAUUAUAAGUUUGAAAUUUUCCAAACUCCCUUUGAUGGAAUUAUAACAAAUUCAGAAGAACAUACUACAAAACAGCCAAUGGCCAUCAGAUCACCAUCCGGUAAAGUAUAUGAAAUACAAAAGAACAACCUAAAAACAAGUUAUGGUUCCUGGACAGCAAAUAUUAAAGUUAACGAACCAGGUAUUUGGACUGCCCUUGUCGUUUCUGACUCAGGACUCGGGUGGUGUCGAUUCGCCGAAUGGUUAUGCAUAUAG